GCAUGGUAAAACCGACUAUGCCCUCUUUGAGGAUUUCACUAUGCGUCACAUUUAUGUCUGUAGCCGAAAUCGGCUGCCACUUUUACGGGAAAAUAGUUUCUGCUUUCUUCGGAGUUCAGGAUUACCGAAGCUAGAAACGAAUGGAAUGAGGGAAAGGGUUUAGUGGUUUGGCACGGACAAGGAGUCGUCAAGCGUCGAAGCAGGAGCUGGAGGUGCUCGAGAAUGUGUUGUGCGUGUUGCGUAAUUCGGUGACGGGUUUCGACAGCAGCGUGAUCGGUGGAUCGGUUGAUCGUCGGAGGCAUUUUUCAAUAGAUGGCUGGGAGGGCGUGUCUGCAGGCGCUUCGGCGAGCCCUGGCGGUGCAGAGGACUGGGCCGUGGCAGCCGAUCGCGUCGAAUGUAGCCCAGGGUGCUCAUGAGCUGUCCACUUUAGGCAUAAGUGGAUGUGGUCGGAGGUUGGAUUCGGGCGCUUCGACUUCGAUUCUUUUCUCUAGAGAUUGCAGAUCCCGCUUCAUGUCAACGGGGCGGUUUUCGGACGAGCCUCCUGUGGACACGUAUGAGGAAUUUGCAGAGCUGGACGAAGGACAUGGAGAUAUAGAGCAAGACUUUGAAGAUAUUCCGGCUGUUUCGGAGGGCUCGUCCAAUCUUGAUCUUGCCCUUGAGGGUGUUCCACGAAGAAGGCAAAGGUUUCUGCUCCAGAAAGCUUUGAAGAUCAAAUCGGAGAAAGAUGAUGACGAAAGACCUAGAAUGCCUCGUGGUUACGAGAUGAAGGUUAUCGAUGUCAACCGGACUGUUAAAGUUACCAAGGGAGGGAAAGUUCAAAGUUUUGCAGCCGUCGUGAUUUGUGGUAACCACGACGGAGUGGUUGGCUAUGGCAAGGGCAAGUCUUCAGAAGUUGGACCUGCGAUUGAUAAGGCCUGUCAAAAAGCUCUGGAAAAUCUUCACUAUUUCGAAAGGUAUCAAGGGCACACCAUCUUUCACGAACACGAUUCAACAUUUGAGAAGACGAAGGUGUACUUGUGGCCCGGUAGGUCUGGUACCGGCAUGAAAGCCAGUCACACAGUCGGUGGUAUUUUGAGGUUAGCAGGAUACAAGAAUGUUAAAUCCAAGGUGAUCGGGUCUCGACAUCCAUUGAACACAGUCAAGGCUAUAUUUCAAACUUUGAGCGAGAUUGAGUCACCUGAGGAGGUUGCAGAGCGACGUGGGCGGGUUGUCGUGGAGUCCCAUUUGCUUGUUUGAGAUAUUGGGUGUUUUAUUUCGGCCAAACAGAUCCAACAUCCCGGUGUUCACUUCUCAUACUGAUAGCUUGGUGCGUAGAUAGAUACGAUGCGAACCUACAGAUGGAUGCGGCUCAAAUUCACUCAUAGCAGUUUAGUAGCAGAAGAUACAGUUUUUUCCAGAAGACAGGUUCAAGUCUCGGAGUGGCUCUCAGGAUUUAUUAGAAAACUAGAAGUAAAAAUUCACAACCGAACUGUUUCUGAGUCUCUGUCACUUGUAUCUACAGAGGUUGAUUUGUAGCUAAAGAAAGGGUUGUUCGAAGACAUUCCUGUCACGGAAGAAGUGUGCGAAGGAAACCACUGACUAGCGCCUCACUGCAAAGGAAUCUUGUCACUAAAUUCCCAAGA